GAGUCUUUUUAUUAAGGGAACAUUAAUACAUAAUCAAAUGCACCUCGUAAAAAUUUUAUUGAUACACAUAAAAUCGCAUAACCGGCUUUUCAACGAGCACCAAAAAUAUACACAAAUAUGACUUCCCGCGUCAAUCUCACAACACCUCGCGGACUCAGAUCUUCACACGAGAGCGGCGAGGCGCGUUUAUAAAAGACGAGAACGCGCGAGGCUGCGGUGCUUCGCCCUUUUACAGCAUGUUAUUACAUUUAUUUUACGAGGACUUGCAACUCGGUACUCUAUAAAAUACUUUACAAGGCUGGAGUAUGACAUACCUUAUGACGAAAUUUUGCAAGAUUUGACGCCGCCGGAAUCGUUCGCUAAGCUAUCGACGGCGAGGGCUGAAAUAAACGGGUGCAUUUAUACGACCUUGUUAAAAAAAAAAAAACAGCAGCGGUCUGAAACCGGAAAACCGCUAUAGUUAAGAUGAAACUAAUUUCUUAUUUUUUCAUCAAACGUACCGUUAUCAGCGGACUGAUUUACUCUCUGUAUUAGUAAAUAUGAUCACGUGAUUCAUGUAACCAAUCACCGGGGAUGAAGGCAGCAAAAAUACUAUGAUUGUUCAGAGGCAAGGUUUCUGAAACACAGUAAGGUUUUAUAUGAGUUCGAAGGGAUCCAAAAAUGUCGACUAGUUCAGCUCUGAGCAGCUAUUAUGUGGACUCUAUUAUGGGGCACGACACGGAGGACGUGUACGGAGCGCGUUAUAUCCAGGCGAGGCCGUCAGGUGUGGCGGAAAACGCGGACUUCUCGUCGUGCAGCUUCGCUCCCAAGUCAGCCGUGUUCCCUGCGUCCUGGAGCUCGGUUGGUCAGCCGUCCAGCGCCGCCGUGUCCGGGCUUUACCACCCGUACGUCCACCAGAGCCAUCUUUCAGACAACAGAUACGUGCGCUCCUGGAUAGAGCCGGUCUCGAACCACAUCUCUCUCUCGGGCUUCCACUCCGGCAGUCGGCACGGCGCUGCAAAGAGCGAGGGCUCCCCCUCGAAAAGGACCGAAAGCGCGGCGUUUGAGCCGGAGACGCCGGUGGCUCCCGAGUUCAGCUGCGGCGCCGCAUCCGAAAGCGCGGACAAAGCUCCCGAGGAAACGGUCGCGAAUGAUGUUUCGAGUCACGGUGAAGCUAAAGACGAAAAACAACAACAACAACUUGACCCAAGCAAUCCUGCGGCAAACUGGAUCCACGCGAGAUCAACGAGAAAGAAACGCUGCCCUUACACAAAAUAUCAGACUCUGGAAUUAGAAAAGGAGUUCCUUUACAACAUGUACUUAACGCGGGACCGACGGUAUGAAGUCGCACGAAUCCUGAAUUUAACAGAGCGCCAGGUGAAAAUCUGGUUUCAGAACAGAAGGAUGAAAAUGAAGAAGAUGAACCGAGAGAGGGGCAGCAAAGACCCCUAGCUCGCGCGCGCUCGCUUUAGGAUGCGUUUUUAUUUGCUUGUUCAGAUAUCAUAUCUUCUGUUUAUACGGUUAUUAUUUGACUAGCUUGAACUAAAUGAGUAUCCCUCGAUAAAUUAGGCUCAGAACGCACCGUGGCGGACCAGUUCACUCAAUUCUGAUCCUUUCUCAUCAGAACCCUAGUCUUAUAGGACCUUAGGGUACGGUUCUGAUCUUUAAAUCAGUCAACAUUGCAUGCGAAACCUUAUCUUUCCAAAUGUACUUUUCUUUUAAACUGGGCAUCGUGUACAACUGGUGACUUUUUCAGUCUGUCUGGUUUCCUGUUUUAUUUUUCACGGUGAGGCUCGUCUUCAGUGCUGUAUAGUGAAUUUGGGUGUACCUUGUACACUUUGUUAAAUGCUCCACCCGUGCACCUACUGUGAAAAAUGCUUUUUUUUAGACCGUUUUACAAAUAAAUGGCAAUUUCGACUGAACGCUGUUGUAUGCACGGACCGUUUUUUUUAAUAACAGCAAUGCAGUGUGAUCUUAUGUUUCUGUGACCAGCGACAAUACUGAUUUUGUUUCAUGCGGAAUACUUUUUUGGUCAGGCGAUAUUGCUAUAAAAAAGGUGUCGCGAAGGACCCCAAUUUAUCGUC